GGACAAUAUCAUUCAUUACAACAACAAUAUCAAUGGCUUACUACACGACCACAUUUGCUGCAUCACUAAGGGCGACGGUUAUUGUACUACUAGUCGGCGUGGGGCAUUUGCGCACUUCCCUUGGAUAUCCAAUCUGCGGCGACACGCCGGCGACAAAUCAGGUGAACUUCGCCGGUUAUUCACGUGUCCUUCUUGACGAGCUGGUCGAGAAAACGACAUCCGUGCUCCCAGAUAAGUUCACCUUUGACGCCACGGUCCCAGGAAUUGGCGGUCCUGGUUCCGUUUCAGGCACUGGCACUUGUUACCAUCAAGGGGACAAAACUGCUGAUGAUUGCGGUAACUGUCUCUCUGAUUUGCGGCCGUAUUUGGACGAGUGCACAAAGAACUGUUCUACCGCGGGAGCUUUCUUUCAAGGAAGGUGCAUGAUUCAAAUACAGGAAAAUUUACAGUAGUACGUAGUUGAACUUGAAUGGAUCGGAGGAACACCAAUACAUGAUGUUAUGUUGC